AUGACGGACUUCUUAUCGAUCAACAGGACGGCUCUGGAAAGAUUCGUUCUUUCCAGCACUUCAACGCCGGAUAUGGUCAUAUUCCUGGCCAAACAGGCAGAAGAUGUCAUCACCUGUGACCCCAAUGUGACCGCAGCCGGAUCUGCAAGCCAGGAUACUUUGAACGCUCCCCUACCAUCUCUGAGAGGGUUCAUUGCUUCUAUCAUCAUUCAGUCGCAAGUGCCCGUGUCAACGCUUAUGACAUCGGCCGUGUACCUGAAGCGUCUGCGUCAACGCCUCCCGCCAGAUGCUAAGGGGAUGCGAUGUACUGCCCAUCGUAUCUUCCUCGCAUGUCUCAUCUUAGCCGCCAAGAACGUGAAUGAUUCCUGUCCCCUGAACCGCCACUGGGCCCGUUUUAGCCGUGUUAGGGCAAACAAGGACUUCGGGUUCACCAUCAAAGAUAUCAACCUGAUGGAGCGACAGCUCCUCUACCUGCUCAGUUGGGACGUUCGUAUCAAAGAAGACGACCUGCUUGAGGUGUUGGAGCCCUUUCUGGCCCCCAUCCGUGAGGAAAUCCAGCUCAAUCUCGCCCGGGUAGAAUGGCGUCAACUCCAAGCCUCCGGGGAACUCGUCGCCAAACAUCCCCACGAGCAGAAGCAGACUACCCAAGACCAUGUCGGAAUCGUCAUCUCAACAAGUCAUCUUCCCGACUGCAACUCAUCCCCAAGCUCAGACGGCGAUGAUUACAGCUAUUCCUACCGUCGAAGCAUGUCAACUUCUCCUCCGUCCGUCACCGACCUACCUCCGUUAUCCCGCGCACCUUCUAUGUCGUUGGACUCUCGUUCCUCAAGCCUUUCUCCUAGCUUCCAGGACACGCCUUGCAAUAUGAGUACUGCCUCGUUUAGCAGUGAGCGCGAGCUCAUUCUGGCUGAUGACGUUCGCAGCCCGGCCACGCAUUCUGAGAAGCCCCUAGAGGAGGUUCGAAAACAGCCAAGAAAGAAACUAAAACUCUCUGCUGCUGGCAGUGGGGGGUUUGUAGCCCGAUUCUUUGUUUCCGCUGCUGGCUCAAUGGGAGAAAGGAUCGGUCGAGGCAGUAGACAUGGACGUGGACAUCAGUAG